AUGGAGAUGGAAGUACGCGCUGCCGUGAAGACUGGAGACGUGGCCAAGCUACAGAAGCUGCUGGACACUGGCGUCCAUUUGGAUACCAAGGAUCAGGAUGAGCGCACGCCGCUGCAUUGGGCGUGUACCUAUGGUCGUUUGGACGUGGCGGAGUUUCUAAUGGAGCAAGUUCGUGCUUCCAUUGACGUGCAGGACGAUGCUAAGUGGACGCCCCUCGAAGGCAAUAAAUUGCAGAGCUGCUGCUGGACUGUACGGAGAAUGUUGACCAUGCGGAUAGUACUGGGAGCACCCGCUGAUGCGGGCGCUGGGUGGCAAACCUAG